AGGGUGGAAGGAGAGGGGAGGAAACCGCGCUGAAAGAAAAGCUCCUCCGGACAGUGCGAAGGGACAUUCUCCGGAUCCAGGAGAACCACUGAGGGCCCCUCUCGAGGAGGAGCGAGCAGCGCGUCACACUUUGGGAAGAUCUUUGGACUUGUUGUUCCCAGCCGCGUCGACGCCUUUGCAGCAGAGAUGACACCAAAGUGAACGGCCGUCGGAUCGAUCGCCGAACCCCCCCAUCGGGCAGGGGGCGGGAUCCACGGGGGGGGUAAAAGUCUGCCUGGUCUGUUUUUUUGUGUUUUUUUACCUCGUCGUGCCACGUUUUUGAUCACACGGUGCCGACGCGCUGAGCGGAUCCUGCGCGCCUCUCCGUGCGCACUCGCAGCUGCGCCCCCCGACCGAAAAGUUACUCAAGUUGUCUUCCCCUGUCCACCAGAUACACACACUUAUCUAAUAAUAUAUUUGUAAUAACUGACUGCCUCAGUCUCGCCCCCCCACAAGCCCCCUUCGCCCCAGCAUGCGGGACUGACCGAGGAAUGGCAUCGGCCGUGUUCGAAGGCACGUCGCUGGUCAACAUGUUUGUCCGGGACUGCUGGGUCAACGGGAUCCGGAGGCUCAUCAUCAGCCAGCGGGGCGAGGAAGAGGAGUUCUUCGAGAUCAGGACGGAGUGGUCGGACAGGAACAUCUUAUACUUGCAUCGGAGUUACGCCGAUCUGGGGCGGCUGUUCAGGAGACUGCUGGAGUCCUUCCCCGAGGACCGAGGAGAGCUGUCCAAGUCUCCGCUGAUAGAAGUGCUGGUAAAAAUCAAAGAGGCCAGCGACAUUGAGGAGAAAUUGAACGAGGUGGAAGGACUGCUGAAGAACGCCAUCACCAUGCCGUGCAAGUAUUCCAGGUCGGAGGUCAUGUUGACCUUCUUUGAGCGGUCGCCUCUGGACCAGGUGCUGCGGAACGACAAAGUCCACCGAAUCCAGCCGUGCUUCCAGAGUCCCAUCAACAUAUCAGAAAUCAUGCGGUCGAACGGAUUCUGUCUGGCCAACACUGAAACCAUCGUGUUCGACCACAGUCCCCCCGAAGAAAAAGAGAGACCCUCGUCCACCGACUCUGUGGAGCAUACGUACGACGAUGGAACGGAGUUUUCGCCGCUGGAAGAAGACCUGCGUGAAGAGGAGACGGAAGCGUACGUCACCAACCUCUCCUACUACCACCUGGUCCCCUUCGAAACCGACAUCCUGGAGUGAACGAGAGCGAGCGACGCCUGUCGAAGGAACGCCCGAUGCCGCCCCGCGGAGGAAUACGUGCUUUUGAAUGGAAGCUGGCUUUGCGGCGCUGCGCAUGGCUGCUGCGGAUAAAACGGCGCUCACCCUGGUCGGAUGUUGGGAGGCUGCAGCGCGUCACCGGUGAGCCUCGUAAGAGGGUGUCAGGAACAAGCACGUGGCGGCUGCAGAGGACUUUUAACGUAUUUCGCCCGCGCAGCAACAAGGAAGCUCCUUCAGUCCCGACGCAGAUGCAAAGAAGGAUUCGUCGAAGAGGAGAGGACCUUCAAGCUGCGCUCGCUCUGGUUCCGGGCCUGUGACUGUACUGAAAAAUGCAGCUGAACCAACCAGCGGAAAUCAAGCGAGAAUAUUAGGAUUUUAAUAGACUAAACACACAGUACACAGUAAAUCAAAUUAGAGAAAAUAAACACGAAGACAGUAUUUUGUUACAACUCAAUGCUGCCUUUUUUUAGAUGCCUCAGAUAGUUUUUUAAUUUGGCUUAGUCUGAAUUUGUUUCAUGUUUAUAAAUCAUUUGAUGUGCCAGAGCGGAGACAGAUCAGCCGGAUCGUCUCUUCGCUGUCGUCGCCCCGCGAGGACGGCUGAGUUGCGGCAAAGAAAGCUUUGUUUUGCGGGUCAACUGAGGUCAUAUGUGACCCGUUGUGUAAGAGGACGGGUGUGGGUUCAGCCGACUGUGGUCCUGCUGAACGUGGGAGUCUGCAGCUCGGGAACAAGACCGCUCUUUUAUCUCAUGAGAAGACUAACGAUCUCGCUGUACUAAAAAGAAAGUCUAGGGGAACUAAUCAAACCUGGGUCGCUUUCACUUCUCCCAGUGCCUUGUUUAAAACCGUUGAACUCUGAAAAGCUGAACAAAAUCUUCGUUUGUGUCACUGUUUGAACAGUUUCGUCGGUGCACAAGCCACCGUGGCCUUACGAUGCAGAACGUUGCAAUGUGGGCAAGCAGCUUGCGUCCGCUUUUCCUGCCCCCCUCCCAAACGAAGAGCAGCCCACGCGGGGCUGAGACGGGACGAUCCCCCGCGCGAGACUAUUUAGUAACACAGUCAUGAUCGCCAUUCAAGCGCAGCUCCUUCUCACGGUGCGAAACCGUUUCUCUCUUCUUUUGUCGUUUUUCUCUUUGUCGAAGGAUGUUUUUUGGGACGGAAACGUCGCCGUGGAAAAAGUCCCUGCAUACGUAACGGGGUGGAUCGAUAUGAUUCAAUAGAAGGGAACUGGAAUUUUUAAUUUAAAUUUGCAUACCAAGGUCAAAUUGUCUCUCUUUCAGAGAAUUCGUGUUUACUAAAUGCUGUGUGAGACCUCUGUCUAUCUUGGGACCGUCUGCAGGCUGAAGUAACAUAUUAUAAAUAUUCUGCAGUCUUUGACUAAAGGGACACGCAGCUGACUUACGGAACAUAUCAGUAAGUCCAUCAUGCCAGCAGUGGUUAGAGGAUUCAGAAGAGCACAGUGGGACGGUUAUAUGAAAAUAAUAUUACACAAAAUACUUUAUUUAUUCUCUAAACGUCUGCCACCAUUUUAUGAUGUGAGAUUCUUUUGGUGUGUACAUAUAUUCAAAAGGCUUGAAUGAAAAUAAUAUGAAUUAUAACCUUUUGAAAAUGUAGUUAAUGUGGUAACAUCAUUUUAAAGAUAAGUCUUAGAUGCACACAUUCUCAAAACAAAACAAAAUGUGUUUUUGUAAUGUUUCAAAAUAAAUAUUCAUGUGUUA